AUGCUGCUAUCACUGAGGUGCAAGCCGAGGAUGACACUGAGCUGGCCAAAGCAGCCAAGGCUAAACGCAACAACCGCCUCGCUCGCAAACGCCGUGCACACCGUGCACGUCACGUGCGCAACCAGAAACGAGCCUGCCUCGGUCGUCGCGGCGCGCAAGUGA